AUGCGCGACGCGACCCUCUUCGCCUUCAGAGUUCAGAUGAAGCAGGCGAUCGGCGAUCCUCAAGUUAAGACCUACACUGACGGUGGGUCCGUCGUUGCACUUGGACCCGCAUGCCGUGUCACCGUCGCCGCGCUCCACGCCGUCGCCGGCACUCCGGCGCCUCCCCACUCGCCGGCCGCGCGCUACGGCGCUAGUGCGAUAGCCGGUUAUGCCAAAAGGGGCGCUGCUCUUUAUAUUACUGCAUUUCUGAGUUGGUUGUUCUCGAGUGUGGUUUGCUGUUGGUGUUGUUCUGAGGUCUCCUUAAUACUUUUGUCGCGGUUGUACGGUGCUGGGGUUCGCUGGCUCUUCCUCGCCAAGAGGAACACAACCAGAGCUCAGAACGUCAGGAGAGGUUUAUCGGAGAAGUUGUUUGCAUUCGGUGUGCCUGGUUUUGCAGCCUGCCUUUAUCUGGUUGGAUUAACUAUGCUAGCUAAGAAGAAAUUUGAAGGGAAGGAUGUUGCGAAUUAUGAACUAUUCUUCACAUGCUCCCAGUUUAUUGCAUGGAUGUCUGUAACUCUUGUCCGUGUCAGUGGGGCUUGGUUUGAAAUUCUCUAUAACCCAAUAAUGUGCUUCUGCUGGAUCUUGAAGACUAUUCUAGAGAUACCUCAUUUGCAAUACAGGCUUACCUUACUAAAGGCAAUGUCAUCUUUUAUGGAGAUUAUCUCAUUUUGUACUGCAACCACAUUUGGACUCUUUGUUAUUGUGGCUGCUGUAGUAGGCCAAUCAGGCAACAAAAGAGAAGUGAACUCUAUUGAAGCCCCACUCAUUCUAAAUGAUGAAAAAGCUGAGGGUGAAAUUACAAACAUGAUAAAGGACUACAAUUUGUGGGAACUGUUGACUUUCAAAUUCGUUAAUCCAGUGAUGGACAUUGGUAUCACAAGACAACUUGACUUCACAGAUUUGCUUGAGUUACCAACUGAGCUUAGAGCUACCUCCUGUUAUGACAAACUUCUGUCUUCCUGGACUGCUGAAUAUCAAAACCACCAUGACAACUCAUCUCUACUUAGAGCCAUGUCUUAUUCUUAUGGACGGACAUACUUACGUUUGGGCCUUCUUAAGAAGGUCACUCUUCACAUCCCUACUCCGGGGAAGACAAACACAGAGCAACCAGAGCAUCCUCAGCCUCCACCUCCUCCCACCUCCGUAAACAACGCUCAAGCCAUGGUGAACUUUGCCAUUGAUCCAAGGCGUUUCUUCCCAAGCGUGAUGAUCCUUGAAGAUGGUGGACAGCACAGGCGUGCCAGACGCACUGUCUGUGUCUCUGGAGGGAUUGUCAAGAGACAUGAAGAUUAUGCCAUCGCGAUCACUGAUGCCCAGCUCACCCCGGCGCAGCAGCUCUAG